AUGGCAGAAUCUCCAAAUAUUGCGCCUUCGAGCGAGGUUCUGAAAGAACUUCAGGCCAAAAGAAGAGCUUUACUGGAAUCUAUAAGCUGUAGAAAGCAAGAACGCGAUCAAAAAAUCAUUCAAAAACAUACACAGCAGGAAGUAACCUCAGCUAUAUAUGAACUCACGAGGUUGGGAUAUGACUUUAAACGACUGUUGGCGGAGUCGGGCGUGAACAAAUCGUUUUUGAAGAAGCAAUAUGAGCUGCUCAAUAUGCCGGUAACGGAUAAUGACCAUUAUGACCCCAUUGAGAAGGAGUCUUCCGCGUCUGCUGGUGAUCAUCACGGUGAACUUCCAAGGAAAAGACAACAUACAAACAACGAAACCUGCGCCGGUCCUAGCUACGAAAUUGAAACGAAUGGAGUGAGCCUGUCAAAUGUUGAAUUAAAUGUCAUAGACGUGGGAGAAGCUUCGACAAAGAUAGCGAGGAUACAAGGGAAACCGGACUGGCUAAAAAACUUAGUAAUACAGAUAGAAUCAAGCGAUGAGGAGGAUGCAGUUCAAACUGACACGUCCACGAUUGUGCCCACGCAGGAACAGCCGCUUACUCCACAUCUAAACUUAAACGCAGAAAUGUCGCGAAUAUUAAUGCGGCUUAAAAUCGAAAUUCUGCGCUUAAAAAGGCGAGCCGCCAACACAGACGACGAUUCUAAGUUGAGUGCCUCCAUGGUCGAGAUUUUGCUGGCUAAAAAGCAGGAUGUGUGUGAUGAUUUAGAUGCGUUUUUGAAGGAAUUUUCACGGCAAGACGAGUAG